UGCCGUAAAGGGAACACAUUAUAGUAUCGACACUCCAAAAGUCUCUUGCUCCGUAUAACCUUGAAGAAACAUGCUACUAUCAUGUUGCUACAGCUGCAGAAAGACAACUAGAUCCUGAAAUAAUUACACUGCGUCUUCAUAUACCAAAUGUUCAAAGGAGUGACCUGGGAACUUAUACUGUCUCAGUUGAAACAACAUCAGUAAAUUUUGGCCACAGUAACGCAUCUGUGGUUAUAACGGAAAAAAGCAUUAACAACUUGCCUUUAGUUAUUGGCCUCGCAGUUGGCCUGAGUGUUUUGCUGAAAAUUAUAAUUGUUGUCAUACUGUUAGCUUGUUGUUUUCAAGUCUAUACAAAAGCUUUUUGGAAGAAAUAUUUUAAAUCCUACACAACAGAGAAGCAUGAUUUUGGAGCUUACCUGUCCUAUCAAUUCUCAACUGAAAUGGACAUUUUCUCCCAACAGGAAUUACGGGAUGCUUUAGCGGCAACACAAGAUGCGCUAAAGAGCCUUGGUUAUCGUUUGUUUGAUGAAAAUCGUGAUGGCCAAAAUAAUGGAUACAUUGCUGAAAGUUCCAUGCAAUCAAUGGCAAAAUGUCACAGAGUGAUUAUUAUUCUAACUUCUGAAUACAUCAAGGACAGCUGGAGUGUGUUCAGACUACAACAGAGCUUCAUGAAAAUGAUCGAUUCUGGAAAAAAAGUGAUUUUUAUUCUUGUUCCAGGAAUCCGGGAGUUCAUUAAACAGAAAGCCAACGAAGGAGAUGCUUGUUGCAAAAUGGUUUGCCGGGCCUUGAAGCUCAAUCAUGCUAUCCAGUGGUCAGAUGAUAAGAAAUUCAAACUGCAUAAAUUUAAGCUUCAACUUGAUGUAGCAAUGCCCAAAAUAAACCCCCAUUCCACUAGUUUCCCAACACUAAUGGUUGAGAAAAGUAAUGGAAGAGCAAACGGUUACCAUCGAGGCAUCAGUACUGAAACUAAUGUUACUGAACUUAAUGCUUCAGGAACAGCGGACUCUCAAGUUUAAUGUACAGUUUGUAAAAACACCAGGAUAUCAACACAGAGUGGAAAGUUUUUAAAUUUGUUUUUGGCCAGAGGAUCGUACUAUUACUUGUGUUUCAAAUUUUUUCAGUAUAAUAAUAACUUUUUAUUUGUCUCUUCGAUUACGGUAGCGAAGAUUUAGAAACAUUAUAAACGAAAAGACAAGAUAUAUAGCGACAAAACAACAGUUGUUAAAACACGCUUACAGUUAAAAACAAUUUUUUUUAAACAAUAUACAAAAUUGAAACACGCUGUAUUUUUCAAAAUUAGAAAGUAUUUUAAUCGUUUUCAAAAUAAAUUCUUUUAAUAGUUUUUUUUUUGAUUGUGUUGCAAUUUUUUUAACAUUUCAGAAUCCAAGUUUACAAAAGUUAUAAUUACCAAGAAUAACUUAUGACACAUGAAUAUAAUGUUAAAAAUAAGUAGCAGAUGCUGCUAUUUAGUGUAUUGUAUAUAGAUUUUGUUAUCUUUUUAUUGUAUGUCAAAUUGGUCAUUUAAAAUGUUAAGAUCAGUUUCCAUUAGCUAUUUAUCUAAUCUAAUGUGAACAUUUUUGAUUCACGUGUCAUUUUUUGUUCAAUAAAUCUUCUAACUCGUG